GCCGGCGAUGGCCUCGCGGAGGAUGCCCCGGCCGGCGCCGGAGGCCGCGGCGCGGGACAGAGUUCCGCGGUACCGGCUGGAGCGGAGCGCGGCCGCGGCGGGCGCCGCGCAUCCCUUCCGAGCUCACUCCCGGCCGCUGCCCCGGCCCCGCUACAACGAGAGCUUCCACCACGACGGGCGCUUCCCUCACGCCAACUGCCAGCACGAGGACUGGAGCGAGGAUCCCGGGGAGGAUUAUCCCGGGGAAAACUACCCCGGGGAGGAUUAUCCUGGAGAGAAUUACCCCGGAGAGAAUUACCCCGGAGAGAAUUACCCUGGGGAAAACUACCCCGGGGAAAACUACCCCGGCCCUUCCUACAGAGCCGCCAGCCCCCCGCUCCGCAAGGAGAAUUAUUUCCAGGGACAGUUCUCCCGGCCCGCGCCCCGGGAGCGGGAAUUCGCCCGGGAUUACGGGAAAUUCGGCCGUGCAGCUGCCCCCGGCCGGGAGUACGGGCAGCGGGACAGGGAGUACCCGCAGGGCUACGGCCCCGCGGGUUCCUGGCAGGCCGGAGCAGAAUUUGGCUCCCCGGAUGUUUUGGGGGAUUUCGGGCCGAUGGAGGAGGAGUACGGCGGCGCGGAGGACCCGGAGUACGAGGAGGAUUUCGGGGCGCCGCCGCGCAGGGGAGGCGCGGGCAGGGGGAGAGCCCUGCGGGGAAAGCGCCUGGCCGGGGGGGUGGUGAAACCCAGGGCGUUCAGAGGAGACCCCAAAAGCCCCCUGAAGAAGUGGGGCUUGAAGAAAGGCCAGCCCGGCCCGGAUGCCGACGCUCCGGAGCUGCCUCCGGACGUCGCCGAGCCCCUCCAGCAGCGCCCCAGCCCCGAGCUGCCCCCGCGGCCCGGCGCGGCCCCGGGAGCCGUCCUGAGGCUGCCGAAACCCGCCCACGUCUUCAGGAGCCUCAGCUUCGACCCGGUGGAUAAAUCCGACAUCUUCUCCACCUUCGGCGUGGAGAUCAUCAAGUGGGCCGGGUUCCACGCCGUCAAAAACGACGCCGAGUUCUCGCGCCUCUUCGGGGCCCUCUUCGAGCUGGAGACCGAGACCUGUGCCAAGAUGUUGGCCUCCUUCAAGUGCUCCCUGCGGCCGGAGCACCGGGACUACUGCUUCUUCACCAUCAAGAGCCUGCAGCACGCCGCCCUGAAAACCCCCAAGGUGGACAACGAGUUCUUGAACAUGCUGCUGGACAAGGGGGCCGUGAAAACCAAGAACUGCUUCUUCGAGAUCAUCAAGCCCUUCGACAAGUACGUCAUGCGCCUGCAGGACCGCCUCCUCAAGGGGGUGACCCCGCUGCUGAUGGCCUGCAACGCCUACGAGCUGAGCGUGAAGAGCAGCGCCUUCGGCCACCCCGGCCACGUGGCCGGCGCCCUGGAGACCACCGUGUCCCUGUGCCGCAAGUCCCUGGCCCUGCUGGGCCAGACCUUCGCCCUGGCCUCCGUUUUCCGGCAGGAGAAGAUCCUGGAGGCCGUGGGGCUGCAGGAGAUGGCCCCGGCGCCCACGGCCUUCCCCAAUUUCGACGACUCCACGCUCUUCGGCAGGGAGUACAUGGAGAACCUGAAGGCGUGGCUGGAGAGGAGCGGCUACCCCAUCCAGAUGAGGAGAGGCCCGGCAGGAGCCGCCGAGCAGCUCCCGGCGGCCGCCCCCGGCGCCAACGCCCCCCAGCGAGCUGACAGGAAAGUUGUGGACACCAUUGAGCAGCUGGUGAGCAGCAUCGUGGCAGGAACUCUGUCUGCCAAGGACAGGAGUGCUCAGAAGAACUCCCCUGAAUAUUGGUUCCUGUGUGACGAGGACAGCCUGGAGUACAAGUACUACAGGCUGCGGCUCUCCGAGGUGCAGAGGAGGAGCAGCCAGCCCGUGGAGGAAGCAGCCCCAGAGUCCCUGCGGGCCCUGCUCUAUGCCCGGAGGGUGGCCAGCAUCAAAAGGAGACUUUUCAAGAGGAAAAAGAAGCCUGGCACUGCCCCUCCCCGUGCCAGCAGGGCCAGGAGGGUGAGGAGGGCCAGCAGGGCCACCCAGACCCUGCUCUCAGCGGGGACGGUGCUGAAGCAGCCAGGGCCAGCCCGGGCCCCGGGUGCUGCCCUGGGUGCCCCCCUGGGUGCCCUGGCUGCUCCCCUGGGUGCUGCCCUGGGUGCUCCCCUGGGUGCCCCGGGUGCCAGCAGCUGCCCGGUGCCCGUGCCAGGCCAGGCCAGGGCAGCUCCUGAGCCCUCCGCAGCGUCUCCCGAGCCUCUGCCAGCCCCGGGCUCUCCGUGUGCUGAUGGUGAGUCGAAAUUCAGCUCCAAGUCGCUGAAGGUGGGCCUGAUCCCCGCCCCAAAACGGCUCUGCCUCAUCCAGGAGCCCAAAGUGCAUGAACCUGUCAGGAUUGCUUAUGACAGACCCCGGGGCUGCCCCAUCACAAAGAAGAAAAAGAAGCCCACGGAGCCGGAGGUGCCCCCCAAGAGGCUGAGCCCGCGGAACGUGGGGUUCCAGAUGCUGCAGAGGAUGGGCUGGCAGGAGGGGCACGGCCUGGGCACGCGCGGGCGCGGCAUCCGCGAGCCCGUCCACCUGGGCGCCACCUCGGCCGGGGAGGGGCUGGGCGUGGUGGGGGAGGAGAGCCGCGAGGACGCGUUUGACGUGUUCCGCCAGAGGAUGAUGCACAUGUACCGCCAGAAACGGGCCGGCAAGUAGGCUCUCUUCCAUGAAGAUCCCAGAGCCCCUUCCCUCCCUCCCGUGCUGUCUCUGCUGGAUUUUGGUUGGAUUUUUCCUGGAAUUCCACCCCAAACUCUGGAUUUUCCAUGGAAUUCCACCCCAAACUCUGGAUUUUCUCUGGAAUUCUAUCCCAAACUCUGGAUUUUCUCUGGGAUCCGUCACAAAUUUCAGAUUUUCCCUGGAAUUCCAUCCCACAUUUCAGAUUCUCCCUGGAAUUCCAUCCCAAAUUUCAGAUUUUCUCUGGGACCCACCCCAAACUCUGGAUUUUCCUUGGAAUUCCAUCCCAAACUGGAUUUUCUCUGGGAUUCAUCCCAAAUUUCAGAUUUUCCCUGGAAUUCCACCCCAAACCUAAAAUUUCCAUGGAAUUCCACCCCAAACUCUGGAUUUUCCCUGGAAUUCCAUCCCAAAUUUCAGAUUUUCUCUGGCAUCCAUCGCAAAUUCUGGAUUUUCCCUGGAAUUCCACCCCAAAAUCUGGAUUUGCCAUCCCAAAUUCCAGAUUUUCCCUGCAAUUCCAUCCCAAAUUCUGGGUUUUCCAUCCCAAAUUUCAGAUUUUCCCUGGAAUUCCACCCCAGAUUCCCUCCUUUCCGUGCAGCUUUCCAUCCCAGGAGAGGAAAAAUGAAGAUUUUUCCCCGUUUUGGUGUCACUUGGGUAGAAAUGUUCAAUCCAAUAAAUGUAGAGCUGGACAAUUCCUGCUUCCUGUCAUCUUUCCUUUGCAUUUUUCCUUCUGGCUUUGGCCCUUGGCAGGGGAUGUGCAUUCUUAUUUUUAUUUCAAUUCAAUGAAAUUUUUCCUUUUGGUGGAAUUUGGAAUUCCUCUGGGUGCAGAACAGGAUUUUGGGGUCAAAAUCUAUUUUUGGGAUGGGAUUCCUCACCAAAAACUGGAAUUAAUUCUUUCCCAAAAAUCAAUGUACAACUUUUUUUUUUCUUUUCCUCUUGACUUCCCACUCUACUUCCAAUUUUUAUUUUGUCCAAAUAAAGCCUGGCCUCAAAAAUCCAAA